AUGGCCGCCGAUGACCUCCCCCACCCACACGCCUCCCUCCAGGCUCAGGCCACCGCCGUCCAAAACAUCAAGAGCAUGAUCCCCGUCACCCUCGAUCCCAAGGCCUCCAACUUCACCAAGUGGCGGGACUUCCUCGCCAUCGCCGUCACGCAGUACGCCCUCACGGAUCACCUCGUCCCACCCAUCCCUCCGGUGGACGCGGAGUGGCUGCGGCUGGACUCCAUGUUUCUUCCGUGGUUGUACGGCUCCAUUGCCUCUGACAUCGCCGACAUGGUCAUGGCCGCGGGCACCACCUCCUUCGCCGUCCUCACCGCCAUCACUGACCUCUUCCGCGACAACCAGCAGGCCCGUGUUGGCUACCUCGGGCAGAAGUUAUCCAACAUCACGCUAGAGGACAAGAGCAUCACCGACUUCUGCCUCGAGCAAAAGUCGAUCGCCGAUGCCCUCGCCGACGUCAACGCACCCGUCACCGACAACGCCAUGGUGUGGAACACCAUCAAGGGCCUCCACGACCACUACAAGGACGCCAGGAACCUCGCCCCUCUCCUCACAACAUGCCCCUCCUUCCUUAAAUUUCGCAACAUGCUUCUUCUCCAGGAACUAACUGAAGCCGAAAUCGUCAUCUAG